GCCGCCGCGGGGACUAGGUGAAUGCCCAUCCAUCCCCCGCCCCAGGUGCCUGGCCGGGUCUGAGGAGGCGGGGUCCCCUCUCCACUCCGGCAGCCGCCGCGCUCGUGGCAGGUGGUAAUGGAGGGGAAGUCUCGGCUGCGGCCGCGGCGCCGGGCUCGGGCGCAUCCCAGAUCCAAUCCCUGUGUGGAACUUCUAAACAUCUUUUAUUAGUGGAAACAUUGUUUUCUACAAAAUGAAUUCAGCGUCUUAAUUUAAGCCAGCGUUUGUGUGGUUCUGACUCAUCUGCUAUGGUUUAUGAGGCUUCAGAUCUAAGGAGUACAGGGUCUUUUGUGAUGACAAUAUGACUAAUAGUAGAGGAAGAUCUGUUACUAAUAAAACAAGUGGUGGUCCAAGUAGUGGAGGAGAUUUUGUAGACUGGACUUUAAGCUUAAAUACAGUUCAAUCUGAUAACUUUUUAAACUUAUUGUUGAGUAUGGUUCCAGUAAUUUACCAGAAAGCCCAGGAUGACAGGCACAAAAAAGCAAAUGGCAUUUGGCAAGACGGAUUAUCAGCCGCAGCACAGACUUUCAGUACUCGAUCUGAGCAACAUUUGGAGUAUCACAGUUACACAGAGCAGUCUUUUCAUGGCAAUAAUGGGCACACACCGUCGAGCUAUAGCCCGAAGUACGAUGACUAUGCCAACUACAAUUACUGUGAUGGAGCAGAGACUUCGGAAACGACGGCCAUGUUGCAAGCUGAAGAUAGAUCUAGCGAUGGUGAUGAAGAUGCCACUGUGGAAGCAAACCAGAAAUUACCCAAGGAAUCCAGCGGUGUCAUGGCCCUGCAAAUACUUGUGCCGUUUUUGCUGGCUGGCUUCGGAACAGUUUCUGCCGGCAUGGUUUUAGAUAUAGUCCAGCACUGGGAGGUGUUCAAAAAAGUAACAGAAGUUUUCAUUUUAGUUCCUGCACUACUUGGUCUCAAAGGGAACUUGGAAAUGACACUGGCAUCCAGAUUAUCCACUGCAGUAAAUGUUGGGAAGAUGGAUUCACCCAUUGAAAAGUGGAACCUAAUAAUUGGCAACUUGGCUUUAAAACAGGUUCAAGCAACAGUCGUUGGUUUUCUGGCAGCCGUGGCAGCAGUUAUACUGGGCUGGAUUCCGGAGGGAAAAUACUACCUCGAUCAUUCCAUACUUCUGUGCUCCAGCAGCGUGGCAACCGCCUUCAUUGCGUCUCUUCUGCAGGGAAUAAUAAUGGUGGGGGUUAUCGUUGGUUCAAAGAAGACUGGAAUAAACCCUGAUAAUGUUGCUACACCCAUUGCUGCUAGUUUUGGUGACCUUAUAACACUUGCCAUAUUGGCUUGGAUAAGUCAGGGUUUGUACUCCUGUCUCGAGACCUAUUACUACAUUUCUCCAUUAGUUGGUGUCUUUUUCUUGGCUCUAACUCCAAUCUGGAUUAUAAUAGCAGCCAAACAUCCAGCCACAAGGACAGUUCUUCACUCAGGCUGGGAGCCUGUCAUAACAGCUAUGGUUAUAAGUAGCAUUGGAGGCCUUAUUCUGGACACAACUGUAUCUGACCCAAACUUGGUUGGAAUUGUUGUUUACACACCAGUUAUUAAUGGCAUUGGUGGUAAUUUGGUGGCCAUUCAGGCUAGCAGGAUUUCUACCCACCUCCAUUUACACAGCAUUCCCGGGGAACUGCCUGACGAGCGCAAAGGCUGUUACUACCCGUUCCGAACUUUUUUUGGUCCAGGAGUAAAUAAUAAGUCUGCUCAAGUUCUACUGCUUUUAGUGAUUCCUGGACAUUUAAUUUUCCUCUACACGAUUCAUUUGAUGAAAAGUGGCCACACGUCUUUAACUGUAAUCUUCAUAGUGGUAUACUUAUUUGCUGCUUUGUUGCAGGUCUUCACCUUGCUGUGGAUCGCUGACUGGAUGGUCCGUCACUUCUGGAGGAAAGGGAAGGACCCGGACAGUUUCUCCAUCCCCUACCUGACGGCACUGGGUGACCUGCUCGGGACAGCGUUGUUAGCCUUAAGUUUUCAUUUUCUUUGGCUUAUUGGAGAUCGAGAUGGAGAUGUUGGAGACUAAUAAACCCUACAAAUUACUCCCAAGUCACCAAGAAGGAAAACACAAGAUAACCACCAAUGGCUCUUUUUCAGAAAUCUUAAAUUAGUAGUUUGACUUCUGUCAGGGUACUCUGAAGUUGGCCCUGAUUCAGUUAAAUGGCCUUAACAUUUUUUAAAGGAAUUUGUGUUGAAACCAGAAUGAACAGUAUUUAUGCUAAUUUCACAUAGA